UCUCAGUGAAGGCCCCUCCUGGAAAGAUGAAGGCCAUCUUCUUCAGCCUUUCUCUGCUCCUCCUUCUGGAGAAGCAAGCAGCUGGGGUAGGAAUCUAUGGUGGGACAAAAGGACAUUAUCUAGUAAAAACAUCACCCCGACUUGUAUUUAUCCAAAAAGACAAUCUCCUUUAUGGGCAGAAAGAAGCACAGGAAGGUGUACCUGAAGAAAGCAUUAUUAUGCAAACCAAGCACAGUGAUUAUGGCCAGGAUGCUGAUGUUGAAGCUGACAUGGAAGAGACUCACAGUUUCCAGGGACAGAGAGAUUUAAAGGAAGACGUAGGUUGUAAUAAAGAAGACAAGAUGAUUCCAAAAACAUCCCAGAUUCAAUCCCAGUCACAAAUAAAAUCCCAAAUCCAACUAAAAUCUCAGGGAGCCCAACUGAAGUCCCAAACAAGCCAGCCAAAGACCCUAGGCCAGGUGAAGUCACAAAUCAAGCUGAAACCCCCGGCAGCCCCUUACCAAACAUCAGUAAGUCUCCAAGGAGCCGUUCUUCAUCAAAUCAAGGGCAAAGGAUAUGACCUGGGGAAAGACGUGGCUCAAGACUACCAGCAGCAUCACAGGAUGGUUCAGAGCCGCAAAAGAAAGCUUCGUAGGUCCUGGCAAGCAACAGAUUUCUUACCGCAGCAGUCCUACCCCUAUGAUGGGUAUAUUGUGCAGCUUCAAGGACAACUACAGGGUGGAGAUUAUCACACAAAAUCUUUCCACCAAGCUCAAGGAACGUGCUACUGUCCAAAAGGAGGGUUAUUCCUAUAUCAAGGUGCCUAUACAGAAUAAUACAUUCAUUAAUCAGUCAAGAACCAGGACACAUUUAGAGGAGUCACCUGACCUGUGCAGAUUGUGAUGUCUUCAAGAUGCACAUUCCCUAGUAGUCCUAGAUGCCAAACUCUCGUGCCAUGACCCAAUCACUCUUGCACUCCUGAGACUCUCUAAACUCGGAGCAUCCUUACACCAAUGCUCUCUGAUAAAGAUAGCAUUUACUUUUAACCAUUGAAAUCUCCAAGUUCCUACUUGUUUGAGGGCUUGGAUGGCAUCUUUUCAAA